AUGCUCAAUGGGAUACAGAAGAAGUGCAUACCAGCUCACGCGACCACAGCACCCCUCUCGCAACACGUCUGCAUCUCCUGUCGACUCGCCAACCAAUCUCGAGGCUAUGCCGCAGCGGCAGCGGUAGCAGAGCAGCAAGACCAGACCUACGAUGAACCGCCAGUCCCUCCAGUCACCCAGACCGGGCCACAGAAAGCAUACCGCCUCCUAGCCUCUCCCGUCCUCUCACGACCUCCCUUAUUGACCCGUGAACUCACGUCCUUCGAGAAAGCCUACUACCUCUAUCAGAAGCGCCUGAACGAGCGAUUAUCCAUACCUUUUUCUCGCUAUUUCUACUACAAGAAAGGCACACCAGGUGAUGCCGAAUGGAAGCGAAAGCGCGCAGUCCGGAAGACUGCAGCACGAGACAUCGGCCUCUACUCCGGCUACGGCGACGAAGCGUGGAAUGACGAAGUGCUUAUCAAUGACGAGACUGCAGAGCCGGGCAACCAGGUAGAGGCUCUGAUCCGGGAUGCCGAGGGCAAGGACAUCGUCGAAUCGAAGCCGGUUGGCGAUCCAGAGACGGGCGGGGAGCAAGUCAGCGGUGACGAGAUGAUGGGAGAGGGUGUGCGGAAGGAGCUGUCACAGCAGCAGCAGAUCGCUAUCGAGCGGCCGGCGCCAAGAUUCACGGAGGCGGAUGAGAAGAACGAUCUGAGGAGUCUGAACCGCAAGCUAGAUCGAGCACUCUACCUGCUCGUCCAGAGGAAAGAUGGCUCGUGGCGCUUCCCUCAAGACCGCGUUUACGGUCGCGAGAACCUACACCAGGCCGCCGAACGCACCCUAAUUCAAUCUCUGGGCAUCAACAUGAACACCUGGAUGGUCGGCAACCACCCCAUCGGCCACUUCAGCCUUCAAUUCAACGCCCCCGAAACCACGCGCAUCAUGCCGAACCGUCUCGUCUCCACAGCCACCGACUCCUACGAGCAAGAAGAGUACGGCGAGAAAGUCUUCUUCAUGAAAGGCCGGAUUAUGGCUGGGCAGGCGGAUGUGAGCAAGAAUGAGUAUGGGGACAAGGCUUUCCAGUGGUUGGCCAAGGAGGAGGUGCAGGAAAGGGUGCAUCCGGGGUAUUGGAAGAGUGUGCGGAAUAUGCUGACGGAGAGGUGA